AAGCCGCGAAUACACGGCAGUGCCCAGCCCAUUUGACGGCUGAUUUUAUUUUGAAAGCCGGAAGAGGUAUUUGCUCUCUGUGGUGCCUUGACAGCACGGAGCAUCUCAGCGGUCCUCCUUCCUCCACAGUCGCUCGCUCGCACGCACCCUUCAAUUCAAGCGCGCGCCGGGAAAAAAAACAAAGCUGCUAUGUGCACGGUGAGCAUGGAAAACAACAGUCGUGUCACGCAUGAAGGAUUUUAACAGACAAUUUGGAGUUUUUUCUCUCUUCCUCGUCACAAUGAGCGAGAAGACAUUGCGGGUCAGGGGCCACUUGAUUGUGACGCUGAAGGAUGCGAGGACUGGCAAGGUGUCGGCAUGACCAAGUGACAUCCAUGCUCGACUGGAGCCCCCAGGGAGGACCAUGGCGAAGAGGAGAGGGCUGCUCUUGUCGCUGCUCUACUUGUUAGCACACUUGUGGCUCAGUUGGCAGCAGGUCCUCAGGAUUGGCGGCAUCUUUGAGACGCUGGAGACCGAGCCCAUCAGCGUGGAGGAGCUGGCCUUUAAGUUUGCCGUCACCAACAUCAACAGGAACCGGACCCUCAUGCCAAACACCACGUUGACCUACGACGUCCAGAGAAUAAAUCUCUUCGACAGCUUCGAGGCUUCCAGAAGAGCCUGCGACCAGUUGGCGUUGGGCGUGGGGGCCGUGUUCGGACCGUCGCACAGCUCGUCGGUGAGCGCCGUCCAGUCCAUCUGCAACGCCCUGGAAGUCCCUCACAUCCAGACGCGCUGGAAGCAUCCGUCCGUGGACAACCGAGACAGUUUCUUCAUUAACCUCUACCCCGAGUACACCUCCAUAAGUCGAGCCGUGCUGGACAUUGUGCAGUACUACAAGUGGAAGGCGGUCACCGUGGUCUACGAGGACGCCACGGGCCUGAUUCGCUUGCAAGAGCUGAUCAAGGCUCCGUCCAGAUACAGCAUCAAAAUCAAGAUCCGGCAGCUGCCGCUGGGAAGCAAAGACGCCCGGCCGCUGCUCAAGGAGAUGAAGAAGGGCAAGGAGUUUUACGUCAUCUUCGACUGCUCCUACCAAACGUCGGCCGACGUCCUCAAGCAGAUCCUGUCCAUGGGGAUGAUGACGGAAUACUACCACUUUUUCUUCACCACGCUGGACCUGUUUGCGCUGGACCUGGAGCCGUACCGCUACAGCGGCGUCAACAUGACGGGCUUCCGGCUGCUCAACAUCGACAACCCCAAGGUGGCCUCGGUGGUGGAGAGGUGGGCCACGGAGCGGCUGCAGGCCCCCUCCAAAGCCGAGACGGGAAUGAUGGAAGGCAUGAUGACGACGGAAGCGUCUCUGAUGUACGACGCCGUCUAUAUGGUGGCGGCGGCCUCGCAGCGCGCCGCCCAGAUCACCGUCAGCUCGCUUCAGUGCCACCGCCACAAGCCCUGGCGCUUCGGGGCGCGCUUCAUGAACAUGCUCAAAGACGUGCAGUGGAACGGCCUGACGGGCCAAAUCGUCAUUAACAAGACAGACGGCCUGCGCAAAGACUUUGAUUUGGACGUGAUCAGCCUGAAGGAGGACGGCUUGGAGAAGAUCGGCGUGUGGAACUCCCAGACCGGCCUUAAUUUAACAGAAAACAACAAGGACUCGGGCACAAACGUCACCGACUCCAUGGCCAACAGGACCCUCAUCGUCACCACCAUUCUGGAAAACCCCUACGUGAUGCACAAGAAGUCGGACAAGCCGCUGUACGGAAACGACCGCUUUGAGGGCUACUGCCUGGACCUCCUCAAGGAGCUCUCCAACAUCCUGGGCUUCUCCUACGAGGUCAAGCUGGUGACCGACGGCAAGUACGGCGCUCAGAACGACAAAGGGGAGUGGAACGGCAUGGUGCGCGAGCUCAUUGACCACGUCGCCGACUUGGCCGUGGCCCCCCUCACCAUCACCUACGUGAGGGAGAAGGUGAUUGACUUCUCCAAGCCCUUCAUGACGCUGGGCAUCAGCAUCCUCUACCACAAGCCCAACGGCACCAACCCGGGCGUUUUCUCCUUCCUCAACCCGCUGUCGCCUGACAUCUGGAUGUACGUGCUGCUGGCCUGCCUCGGCGUCAGCUGCGUGCUCUUUGUUAUCGCCAGGUUCACGCCGUACGAGUGGUACAAUCCUCACCCUUGCAACCCCGACUCAGAUGUGGUGGAAAACAAUUUCACCCUCAUCAACAGCGUGUGGUUCGGCGUCGGGGCACUCAUGCAGCAAGGUUCCGAGCUGAUGCCCAAGGCCCUGUCCACCAGGAUCGUGGGUGGGAUCUGGUGGUUCUUCACGCUCAUCAUUAUAUCCUCCUACACUGCCAACUUGGCUGCCUUUCUGACGGUGGAGAGAAUGGAUUCGCCCAUCGACUCCGCCGACGACUUGGCCAAGCAAACCAAAAUAGAGUACGGCGCCGUCAGAGACGGCUCCACCAUGACCUUUUUCAAGAAGUCCAAGAUCUCCACCUACGAGAAGAUGUGGGCCUUCAUGAGCAGCCGGAAAAACACCGCCUUGGUGAAGAACAACCGCGAGGGCAUCCAGAGGGUCCUCACCACUGACUACGCUCUCCUGAUGGAGUCCACCAGCAUUGAGUACAUCAGCCAGCGCAACUGCAACCUCACGCAGAUCGGGGGUCUGAUCGAUUCCAAGGGUUACGGCGUGGGAACACCAAUAGGCUCCCCUUACAGAGACAAAGUGACCAUCGCCAUCCUGCAGCUUCAGGAGGAAGGCAAGCUGCACAUGAUGAAGGAGAAGUGGUGGCGGGGGAACGGCUGCCCCGAGGAGGACAGCAAAGAGGCCAGCGCUCUGGGCGUGGAGAACAUCGGCGGAAUCUUCAUCGUGCUGGCGGCCGGCCUGGUCCUCUCCGUCUUCGUGGCUAUCGGAGAGUUUAUUUACAAAUCCAGGAAAAACUUGGACAUCGAGGAGGUGAGCGUCGGCCAGUGCGAGUGGCACAAUAAGUAUUGAGGCGCUCCGACCGCUCCGACCUUUGACGCAAAAGAUCCAAAUGUGUCCAACUGCAUUGUUACAAUCAAAACUUUUCAACUUUAGCGAUUUCUGUAGUUUUGAUGGAAAGCUCAUGAGAAGUCCUUUGAGGGAAUAAUCGACAUCAUGAUGCUUUACCAUCACGGCCUUUGUGUUUCGAUGCAAAGCAAACGAGACAAAAUGUAACUUGGCAUUUUGUUGUUGCAUAUUUCAAACAAAAUGGUGUGCAAUACCUUCUACCGUCUUUUAUGCACCUCUACGUAUCUCACAACAUUGUUUCAGUGAAUCUUCUUUUGUUGUAUCUAUCAAGUUUCUGUUUUUUUUCUCUCGAGCGAAAACAAAGUGACAUCCUUUCGAACCCUUUGAUCGCUGCUUGUUUGGUAUUGCUGUGUUGAGGUUCUUAUUUUGUCCCCUUUUGCUGCCAUUUCAAAUCACGCUCAAAACAUUUUGGGUCCAUGGUUUCACAUGUGACAUCACUGCAAGCCAUGUCUUAGUUUUGGAAGGCCAUUACGACCGUCAAACCGCUCUGCUGUAUCCAAGCCAAUUCUUUUCUAUUAACUGCUGAUUAAAUGUCAGAUUUGAGCUCA